AUUGAAGUGAAAAUAUAAGCGUACUAGACAUGGCAUGUGAAUUGGAUCACUCACAGCCACAUACAAAACUCAGCCAUGUGUGCCUCUCUGUAAAGAAUAGGAACUAAAAAUGCCAGAAUUGGCUGGACAGCCUGUAUGCUGAAGGAGGAAGCCCUGGGACCCGGGCCUCGUGGCAACAAAAACCAACCCAGUUGGUGAAUUUGUGAAACCUCUUUUGCAGAACUUGGAACUACCCAUGCAUUUGCGCAACAAGCUGAAAAUUAACACUCAGAUAGAGGAAUAAGAAGAUGGGAGAAGGAAGAAUGAUAAUCUGACCUCAUUUCCUAAGCAAACUACAGGAAAUACACUGUUGAAAGGAACACUGUCGCCAUGAUUCAAUAUAGGCCAUGUCUGGUCCAACUGAUGAGACUGCAGGAGACCUGCCUGUGAAAGAUAUAGGUCUGAACCUCUUUCGAGCGGGAGGGUUACAAGGAUUGCUGAAAAUCGACCGACUUCACAGUGAUAUGGAAAGUACCAAACUUAAGCAUAUGUAAAAAAUAUCAUAUACACAUGCUGAAAGAAACUUCAGCAACACGGACAAUGAAGUCUCACCAGGUCAUCGUGUCACGGAUCAGUCGUGAGGAACUGGAAGACAGAUUUUUGCGUUUGCACGAUGAGAACAUGUUACUUAAACAGCAUGCCCGCAAGCAAGAGGAUAAAAUUAAAAGAAUGGCCACCAAGUUAAUACGGCUAGUUAAUGACAAGAAAAGAUAUGAGCGGGUUGGUGGCGGCCCCAAGCGGCUGGGACGAGAUGUGGAGCUGGAAGAAAUGAUCGAGCAGCUGCAGGAGAAAGUUCAGGAGCUGGAGAGACAGAACGAAGCCCUCAAAAACAGACUCAUUUCAGCCAAACAGCAACUUCAGGUCCAGGGCGGCAGGCAAACCCCGUACAGCUACGUGCAGUCCCGCGUGAACACUGGGCGUAGGAAAGCGAGCGAGAGCGCAGGCGCGCAGGACUGCCCCAGGAAAGGUAUUAGAUUCCAAGAUGUAGAUGUAGAUCAACCCAUGCUGACAAAAUAUGGCAACAAUUUACUUGAAGAAGCCAGAGGAGAAAUAAGAAAUUUAGAAGAUGUUAUUCAGACACAGAGAGGCCAGAUAGAAGAGUUAGAGCAGUUGACGGAGAUCCUGAAAACUCAGCUCCGGAGAAAAGAAAACGAAAUUGAGGUAUCGCUUCUUCAGCUUCGGGAACAGCAGGCCACAGAUCAAAGGUCAAACAUUCGGGACAAUGUAGAGAUGAUUAAGCUUCAUAAGCAGCUGGUGGAGAAAAGCAAUGCUCUUUCAGUAAUGGAAGGAAAAUUUAUUCAGCUUCAAGAGAAGCAAAAAUCUCUCCGGAUCAGCCACGAUGCCUUGAUGGCGAAUGGAGAUGAGCUGAACCAGCAGCUUAAAGAGCAGCGUGUGAAGUGCAGCCGUCUGGAGAAACAGUUGCACUCCGUGACGAUUUCCGAGAGAAGGAUGGAAGAGCUGCAAGAUAGAAUUAAUGACUUGGAAAAGGAACGGGAACUUUUAAAGGAAAACUAUGAUAAACUUUAUAACAGUGCCUUCGGUGCUGCCCAGGAGGAGCAGUGGAAGGUGAAGGAGCAGCAGCUGAAAGUACAGAUUGCGCAGCUCGAGGCGGCCUUAAAGUCCGACCUGACCGACAAAGCGGAAAUCCUUGACAGGCUAAAAACCGAAAGAGACCAAAAUGAGAAACUCGUUCAAGAGAACAGAGAGCUGCAGUUACGCUGUCUGGAAGAAAAGCAACAGCUCGACGACCUUAAAAACCGCAUGAAGUUUUACAACCAGGAGACUGAUGUUAACGCUGAGGAGCUGAGUGAAGCCCUUCUGCUCAUAAAGACUCAGAAAUCACAAAGAAAUGGAGAGCUUUCCUUUUUAGAGAAAGUAGACAAUAACAGUCAUAAAGAUCUAGAACGUUCCAUGAGGGAGCUGCAGGCAACUCAUGCAGAGACAGUGCAAGAGCUUGAGAAGACCAGGAACAUGCUAAUCAUGCAGCAUAAAAUCAAUAAGGAUUACCAGAUGGAAGUUGAGGCAGUGACCCAGAAGAUGGAGAACUUGCAGCAAGAUUACGAGCUCAAAGUGGAGCAGUAUGUCCACCUUCUGGACGUCAGGGCUGCGCGCAUCCAGAAACUAGAAGCCCAGUUAAAGGAUAUUGCGUAUGGCACCAAGCAGUACAAAUUUAAACCAGAAAUCCUGCCAGAUGACUCUGUGGAUGAAUUUGAUGACACCAUUCACUUAGAACGGGGCGAGAACCUAUUUGAAAUCCACAUCCACAAAGUCGCCUUUUCUCCGGAAGUGUCGCAGGCGUCCGGGGACAAAGAGCCGCUCACCUUCUGUACCUACGCCUUCUACGACUUUGAGCUACAGACAACGCCCAUCGUGCGGGGCCUCCACCCGGAGUACAACUUCACCUCUCAGUACCUCGUCCACGUUAACGACUUAUUUUUGCACUAUAUUCACAAGAACACGGUCACCCUUGAGGUCCACCGGGCGUACAGCACAGAUUACGAAACAAUCGCAGCAUGUCAGUUGAGAUUCCAUGAAAUUCUAGAAAAAAGCGGUCGGAUAUUUGGCACAGCAACCUUGGUUGGAACUAAAGAAGACGUCCCAAACUUCGGCACCGUGGAAUACUGGUUCCAAUUAAGAGUUCCCGUGGACCAAGCGAUUCGCCUUUAUCGAGAGCGGGCAAAGGCUUUGGGAUAUAUGACAUCAAAUUUUAAGGGGCCAGCGCAAAGGCCGUGGCUCAGUCAACAAGCACCCACAACGGCUCAGCUCAGUUCUACUGAUUGCGCAGACGGCAACUUAAAUGAACUUCAUAUUACAGUGAGAUGUUGCAACCAGCUGCAGGCCCGAGCAAGCCACCUUCAGCCACACCCAUAUGUUGUGUACAAGUUUUUUGAUUUUGCAGACCAUGACACGGCCAUCAUUCCCAGUAGCAAUGACCCACAGUUUGAUGAUCAUAUGUGUUUCCCAGUGCCCAUGAGUGUGGACUUGGAUCGAUACCUUAAGUCAGAGUCUCUGAGCUUUUAUGUGUUUGAUGAUAGUGAUACCCAGGAGGAUAUGUACAUAGGAAAGGUCAGUGUGCCCCUGAUUUCAUUGGCACAUGACAGGUGCAUCUCAGGAAUAUUUGAGCUAACAGAUCAUAAAAAGCAUCCUGCAGGGACCAUUCAUGUCAUAUUGAAAUGGAAAUUUGCCUACCUCCCACCAAGUGAAUGCAUAACAUCCGAACACCUAGGAACUGUCAUACACAAAGAAGAGUCCGAACCUGUUCAAAGACUACCUCCAGCCUCCUCUGUGAGCACCUUGUCUGUAGCACCAACACCCAAACCAAGACAGCGUUUAACAGCUGUAGGGAAGAAGGUGUCUUUCGUGGCCGAUAUCACACCACAUCAGAAUUCUGAGAGGGAGACGUCCCCUUCUCCCGAGGACAGGAGGGACCUUUCGCCAGAAAUGGAGGUCACACCAGAAACGGAUGUUAGUACGCCAGCGGCUUCUUCGCAUGUUUUCCAGGCACCUCAAGAAAGCCGCGUCAGUCAGGGGAGAGAGCACACUGGGCACGCGCAGCCAGAGAACGGGGACGUGUCCCUGCUGUCCCAGGGCCAGAUCGCACAGCCAAGCACGACUUCUUCCGAAGACGAAACAGAAAUCACCGAGGAGCUGGAGCCGGAAGACGAGGAAGACAGAUCAGCUUCUGACAGUGAUGAGUGUAUCAUUCCAGAACCUGUCUCCAAGAAUAUCCCGCAGACACCAGAGAAGAUCCGGAUCGAGAUCAUCGCUCUGAGCCUCAGUGACGCUCGAGUGACUGCGGAUGACACGGUGCAGCGGCUCUUCGUGGAGUUCCGGCUCUGCGGCCUCCCUGCCGAGGAGACGCCCGUGUCGCUGCCCAAGCCCCGGAGAGGGCACUGGGUCCACUACAACUACAGCCACGUGAUCUACGUGGAUAAAGAAAACAACCAAGCGAAGAGAGACGUCUUAAAAGCCAUCCUGCGCCAAGAAGAGACGCCGAACAGGAGCGUCCGCUUCACUGUGGUCAGCGACCCCCCAGAGGAGGAGCAGGACCUGGAGUGUGAGGACAUCGGCCUCGCCCACGUCGACCUCGCUGACCUGCUUCGGGAAGGGAGGGACCUCAUCCAGCAGAAUAUCGACGUGUGGGACGCCCGAGCGGGUGGCAGAAGAAUCGGCCAGCUCCGGGUGACGGUGGAAGCGCUCCAGGCCCUGCGGUCGGUCCGCGAGCAGGAUGGCGCGGGCUGGGAGGCCUGAGAGGAGCUGCCCCGGAGACGCCGCCUCGAACAGAGCGGGCGCUCACGCUCAGCUGGGAGCUGAACUGUCUGCAAUACUCUGUGCCGGUCAUCUCUCACUCACAGGAGGCUGGGUGAAGGGUUCAAGUUUUGUAUACUCUUUCAUUUGGUUCUUCUUCAAAUAUAUGUAUUUAUUUCAGAGAGGAAGGGAGACGGAGAGUGGGAGAGAGAGAAACAUCAAUGUUGAGAGAGAAUCAUGGAUCAGCUGCCUCCUGCACGCCCCACACUGGGGAUUGAGCUAGCAACCCGGGCCUGUGCCCUGACCGGGAAUCGAACCGUGACCUCCUGGUUCAUAGGUCAGUGCUCAACCACUGAGCCAUGCGGGCUGGGCCAUUUGUUUAUGUUUCUUUCCCCUCUUCCCAUGGCUGCCAUCUGUCCGGACUUCAGAUCUCCCUAAGGGGCAGCACCUCAGUCCAUACCCACAGGAUAGUAUAAGAAAGACUAUUUGCAUUUUCAACAUUUCCUUAUGAAGAACUGAAAUGCAAGUCCCAUUUUCAUUUUUAAUAAGCAAAAAGCAUAAAUCUUAGAAAACCUAUGAAAAAGAAGUACUUUCAUGUUAUCCCUAAUCGUCCCACUAAGUGGAAUGCCCAUGAUUGGCCUCAUUAAGAGUUUUAUACUGUGAAGAUUUUAUUAGAAGCAAUAUAUGAAAAUUACUCGGAUUAAUGUGUUAAUCCUCCUCUUUAAAAUGCUAAUACCCAUUUUACGCACAUUAAAGCUCAGUGAGCACUUCCUUUGAUGCCUGCAGUUCCUAUCAAUUAAAUAUGAAGAACAAGGCUUGGCACCCACUUACUAAGUUCCUGCAAGUUGUUUGUUUUUCUCGCUUAAAAAUGACAUUCCUUCCUAUUUGUCCUGUUUUCAAGGAUUUUGUGAUGGCGGUUUUGGUGAUGGGAUCCAGGAACAUGUGUGUGGAGAGAGGAGGUAGAGACAGAUGUAUAUGCAAUUUACAUUUUGAAAACUUAGCUCGUGACAUAGAGAGGAAUGACGAGAAAGCACGGCCCGGUGAUACGCUCAGCAGCCCUGGAAGGGUAUCCCGCGGGCACGCCUUGGCCGUACAUCGGGCCUGUACAGUGCGGGGAGGCGGGGCGGCGGGCCUCCGGAAGCGGCUCCGCAAGGUGAUUUUCUCGCUUUUACCCGGUCUCACUGAAGGAUUUAAUUGAUAUUUUAAUGGUGCUGUGAAUCAGCGCUGCAAAGGAAUUGUCUCUAGAGGUCCAGGCUAUAAUGCAGUUCAUUUUUUAAUUUACUCUUUUAUUUGUCAUUUUCUUCAAAGGAUUUUUAUAGGCUGCGGGUUUCCACUGUUUGCAAACAGGCUAGGUUCCUUCCUAAGCAUAUGUAAAGUAUUCAGGGAGAUAAGUAAUUUAUUAAAAUCUACCUAAUUUGCCGUGCUAUAUUAAAUCUCUGCUCCGGUGCUCACAGGCCAUUUCAUUUAGAGAAUUAGGCAUUCCCUCUUUGUGUGAUUAAAGCUCUGGAAAAUGA